AUGUGGCUCCAAAACGUGGAGUGCCCCAAGCAAGAGAGUCCUGAGGCAGAGGACAACUCCUCUGCUGUGUCCUUAGAUGAUGAGCAGGAUGACAUCAGGGUUUCUGCAGCUCUUCAGUCCCUCUCCAAUGCCAAGCCCUCCAAGGACUUAAUCUGCAGCUUGCCACCUCACCUCUCCAUGCACAUCCUAGGGCUUUUGGAUCAAAAAUCCCUCAAUGUCUGUGCUGCUGUGAGUAGCUACUGGGCUUUCCUGGUCAAAGAGGUGAAGAGGGAACGUGCAUCUCGAAGCAUGGUACAGGACAGCAUCCAGCAGCUGCAGGGCUUGUGCCCCAGAGGAGCAAUCACAAACUAUGCUAAAACAGUCCCUGUGGCAAUCCCACAGCUAAAUGAAGAUGGUGAUGUUAUUGAAAAGAGAGAGGACAACUGGGGAAGGGAGAAAAAGUUACUUAUCCCUGGUUUUUCUUCUCAUCAGGAGGAGGAAAACAAUCUGCAGGCAGCCUACUAUGAUCUGGAAACGGAGACAAUCCAGCUGGAAGAAAGAAAUAUCUUCUGUAACUCCUACAAUAUUCAGGUUCUCAUGGAUCAGUCAGACCAGCAGAGAGUAAUCCAUUACAAUGGUGGAAACUUGGUGGCUGUGGGCUCUGCAGACCGAAAAGUGAGGCUGCUUGGGAUGGGGGGAAUGAAGGAAGUGCCUCCUGGGACAGCAGGAGUGAAAGAAGUGUCUCCUGUGCUCUCUGGCCAUGCUGGGAGCAUCAGAGCCCUCAUCCUCAGUGAGAAGAAAGGGUUUGUCCUCAGUGCCAGCUUUGAUCUCAGCAUCAGGUGCUGGGAUAUCUACAGUGGUGCUUGUGUGAAAAUCUUUAUUGGUCACUUUGGGACCAUCACCUGCUUGGAUCUGCAUGAAGAGCAGUUUGUGUCAGGAGCCAAAGAUGGGAUGGUGAAAGUGUGGAACCUGAGGAGGGGGAAGUGCCUCAGGACCCUGAGGCAUGGCAGUGCUGUUUGGGCAGUGAAAAUGGGCAGCACCCACAUUGUCAGUGGGUGUGAGCAAGGGCUGGUGAAAGUCUGGUGUGCUGAAACGGGCACUCUGCUCAAAACAUUAGAGGGGCAUCAAGGCCCAGUGAAGUGCUUGUCCUUUGAUCAGUGGCACCUGGUGACAGGAAGCACAGAUGGAUGUGUCCUGGGAUGGAGCAUGCUGGGGAACCUGAAGAGAUGUCUGACAGCUUUCCGCCACCCUAAGGAGGUUCUGACUGUGGAGUUGCUCUACCUGAGGGUUAUCAGUGGCUGUGCUGAUGGAAUGAUUCGUGUCUUUAACUACCUGACUGGGAGCUGCCUGAAGGUGUUGAUGGCCAACAGCCACCAGGACCCUGUCUCUUCUAUCUACCUGGCAGGAAACAGGAUGGUGAUCAACUCCCCAGGCAGCGUGCUGAUGUUCCAGUUUGAGGAUGUCAGCUGGAAUUACAGCUGGGAUGCUGACCGGGAGGUGGUGGGGAAGAAAAAUCAGGAGAAUGGAUCCUGCCAGGGAACACCCCUGCAGCUGCAGGCAGCACCCCCCUGCCAGCUCCUCAGCCCCCUGCAGCACCUUGCCCUGCAGAUGCAGAGCACCCAGCAGCUGGUAAAUAACGGACACGUCUCGUACUCCCCGCCCUCAGCGCGCACGCGCGGGAGGGGCGGGGCUGCGUCGCAGCGCGCAUCGGGAUUGGUCGGUGGCUGUCACGUGAGCGGCGGUAGGCGGAAGUGA